AUAAUGGGCCAAUUCACAAAGAGACAAUGGUUAACUUUGAUUGUCAUCAGCAUUGCCGAUUUUGCCAAUGCAGUUUGCGUAUCUCUACAAGCUCCUUUUUAUCCACAAGAGGUGAAAGUGUUCCUGUAAUCUGCAGCAUGAAGUUUAUCUCUAGAGGGUUGAGUGAAGACUACACGGAAAAAGUUGAUUUUGAAGAAUUAAAGAAUUUGUUACGAUGUGGCGGACAUGAGAAAAAUUCGGUAAAUAAACAAUAAUUUGUCGAUAAAACAAUUCGUACUGUUCAACAAAUGACUUAACUGAUAGUAAAUAUAAGAAGUCAGUGCUACAAUGUUUUGAAAUACACGGACGUCGCGGAGCGCCAUACAGUUGCGAAAGGAAAGUGCAGUUGCCUCGGUUCGUUCCAGUGUUUGGCGUCCCGGAAUCGGCCAGAAUUAUUCCAACAAUUCAUGGGCCUAUUCUGCCUGUGGCAAAUGCGGAAGGCCUACCUCAGGUGAAUUUGCCGAAUGUUCUACUUCAACAAAAUGAAGGAAAUUAAUGGAUAUGAGUGAAAAAUAUGCUGACCUUGAAAUAAAUUCCUUACACAUCAGAAGAAGCUGUGGCGUCAAUACAGGAAACUGAUUUGUCUAAAAGUCAGUACCACAUGAUCCAUAUGCAAGCAAAAAAGAGAAUCCAGAUAUGGCAGAAAAAAAAGGCGCUUCUGCGACAGAAUACGGCUUGGUUUUUGGAAUCUUUGAAUUAGUAGUUUUCAUCAUCAGCCCUAUCUAUGGUCAUAAUUUAGACCGAAUCGGCCCAAAGCUACUCUUCAACGGAGGAAUCUUAACAACCGGUACGUGUGCAAUUUUUUUCGGGUUAUUGGACAAAGUAUCUGGACACUAUCCUUUUAUCAUCUUGUCGUUUGUAAUCAGAAUAGUCGAAGCAUUAGGAAAUGCUGCUUUUCUUACUGCCAGCUUUGCUAUAAUAGCCAAGGAAUUUCCAGACAACGUAGCUACGACCUUUGCCAGUCUAGAAACGUUUUUUGGCCUAGGCCUUAUUGUUGGCCCAACCGUAGGAGGUGCCUUAUAUGAAGUUGGAGGAUACACAACGCCGUUCGCAGUUUUAGGAUCAGCUCUCUUCCUCGCCGCCGUAAUGACCGCGUUUGUCCUACCAGUUCAUGAGAUUAAUGACGAAAUAUCACACAAUAACGGAGGAUUCACCAGAGUUCUCCGGAUUCCAGGCGUGAUGGUAGCAACUUCAUCUAUUAUUGCAACAAGCAUGAGUAUAGGAUUUCUUCAGGCCACUCUUGAACCACACCUUCGAGAAUUUGACUUGGGUCCCGUGAUAGUGGGUCUUAUGUUUGUUAUUAAUGGAGGCACUUAUGCUCUCACAGCACCCGCAUGGGGUUGGUUCUGCGAUAAACGCUUUCAUCCUAAGAUAGCUACUGUAGUUGGAUGCGUUCUUGUCAUGAUUGGAUUUUGUUUAAUUGGUCCGGCGCCUUUUAUACCAUAUCCAAAAAUGUUCUGGAUGACUGGGAUUGGUCUAGUGUGUCACGGUUUAGGAAUGGCUGCUCAGUUGGUUGCUAGUUUCACAGAUGCACUCAGGACGUCUAUAUCACAGGGGUUUCCUAACAAUUUGGAAACUUACGGCUUGAUAAGCGGUCUUUGGACAAGUUCCUUCGCUCUUGGAGCUUUCAUUGGACCAAGUGUUGCUGGAAUUUUAUUGGAUAAUAUAGGCUUUAGAUAUGCUUCAAUGUUCAUAGUUAUUCUACAUUUGUUAGUGGGAUUGAUUGCUGCUAUUUUCUUGAGCUGCUGUUCUUUAGGGCCAAAACCCUACGAGGAGGUUGAAACUGCUAGCGUUUUGAGAGCAUCAUUGACGGACAGUGGAAGAUCGCACAGUACCAGUCUUCUGCGAGGUGUCAGGGGCCAAGGGGUUCCGAUUGAUAGACCUAACGGCAUGCAUUCUCUUAUCGCCUGCAACAGUUACUCUAAUAGGGCAGGUGCUUGGUCGCGAGCAUCAUAUAGUGGCAGAUAUUCUUACAGUUAUGGUUCUGUUGAAUCAAAACGUUAUUUUGAUACGACAACGUGA